AUGUAGGGGACAAAAGUCAGAGGAUGGAGAAGCUUUCAUUUUAGCCAUCAAUCUUGAAUCAUUCAUUGCCUACACACACUCUCUCUCCCUCGCUAAAAAAAGUAGUUGGUUCUACUGAUCGAUCUCCUGUUUUAAUGUUUUACUUAUUGAUCUCUCCUCUAUCUAGUCUGAAACUUUGAAACUAAAGUAGAAAAUUAGAACACAGGAUAGUAGUGAGUAGUAACCGAAGGAAGAAGAAGAGUGAGUAAGUAGCUAAGGGAGAAAGAAUGGAUGAUAGUGUAGUGCAUAGCAGGAUUAAGACGAACGGGAUAUGGAUCCACAUAGCAGAGAAAGGGAGGGGGCCUCUAGUUCUUCUCCUCCAUGGCUUCCCAGAGCUCUGGUUUUCGUGGCGUCACCAGAUAACCCACUUGGCCAACAACGGUUAUCAUGUCGUGGCACCUGAUAUGAGAGGCUACGGUGACUCCGAUUCUCCACUUCACCCCUCCUCUUACACUGUUUUUCAUCUCGUUGGCGACUUCAUUGGCCUUCUCGACCAUUUUAACCAACAGAAGGCAUUUGUAGUAGGUCAUGACUGGGGAGCAGUCGCUGCUUGGUAUCUCUGCCUCUUCAGGCCCGAUAGAGUUAAAGGAUUAGUGAGUUUGAGUGUCCCUUUCUACCCGCGCUCUCCCACCUCCACUGAUGUCGAUUCCAUGACACAAAUGUUUGGAGAUGACUUUUACAUUUCUCAGUUUCAGGAGCCAGGGAGGGCGGAGAAGGCGUUUGCACGUUAUGAUUACUUGACAGUGAUGAAGAAGUUCAUGCUCAUUAGCAAGACUGAACCUCUGGUCGCUCCUCCUCGCAUGGAAAUCAUUGAUUAUCUGCAGACUCCACCAUUACCCUUGUGGAUUUCGGAGGAGGAACUCCAGUUUUAUGCAGACAAGUUUCAGGACUCGGGAUUCACUGGUCCCUUGAACUACUAUCGUGCAAUGAACCUGAAUUGGGAACUUCUUGCACCAUGGCAGGGAGAAAAAGUUACAGUUCCGACCAAGCUCAUAGUAGGCGACAAGGAUAUUGGGUUUGAAUCAUUUGGUACGAAGGACUACAUUGAGGGAGAUGUUUUCAAGAGCCUCGUACCAAACCUUGAAGUUGUCAUCAUCGACGGUCACCAUUUUAUCCAACAAGAGAAAGCUCAACAAGUCUCCGAUGAAAUUUUAUCCUUCCUUCGCAAACUAUCCAUUGCAUAGAAAGUGUUGCUUGGGUUCAAGCUAUAGUUAAUACAAGUCAUGCACCAAAGAAUCCAGGCUCUCCUUUCUGUAAUAAAUCAGUAUUUAUGUUUCCAUUAUUCCCAUGAAUCUGUUUUUGGCUUUUAAUUUA